AUGUUAUUUCUUCCACUAUUGAUAUGGGACUUGGCCUCCGGGACUCUAAAGCUGUCCCUUACGGGACACAUCUCGCACGUGCGCGGCUUGGCGGUUAGUGACAGGCAUCCCUACAUGUUUUCUGCUGGGGAAGACAAACAGGUCAAAUGUUGGGACCUUGAGUGUAAUAAAGUUAUACGACACUAUCACGGUCACCUGCUCGCUGUGUACGACGUUUGCAUCCAUCCUACCCUCAAUAUAAUAGUGACGGCCUCUCGUGAUGCCACUUGCAGGGUUUGGGAUAUGAGAACGAAGGCCUGCGUCCACGUGCUUACAGGGCAUAACGAUGCUGUUUUAAAAGUUGAGGUUCAAGCUGUGAAUCCACAAGUAAUUACGGGCAGCAUGGAUAGCACCGUGAAGUUUUGGGAUCUCGCUAUGGGAAAGGCUAUAACUACGCUGACCAAUCAUAAGAAGUCUGUAAGAGCUCUCCAAUUGCACCCAUCCGAAUUUACUUUUUUGUCCGGCUCAGCCGAUAAUAUAAAGAAGUGGAAGUUUCCACGUGGAGAUUUUCUUAUGAAUAUGGACAAAAGCAACAGUAUAGUCAACACGCUUUCUAUCAACGACGACAACGUCCUUGUGGCCGGAGCUGAUAAUGGCUUCAUGCAUUUUUAUGACUAUAAAACUGGUUAUAAAUUUCAAGAGUUCCGCACCCCGCCGCAGUCCGGCUCGUUGGAGAGCGAAGCGGGCAUAUACGCCUUGUCUUUUGAUCAAUCGGGCUCUCGUCUUGUUACUUGUGAAGCGGACAAAACGAUCAAAAUGUACAAAGAAGAUGAUAAUUCGACGGAACAAACCCAUCCAAUUCAUUGGAAGCCGCAACUAAAACGUGAACGAUAUUGAAAAUCUCGAAAUUGGGCGAUUUAAUAAAGUGUU